CCGGUUGUUUCAGUUACACGACCACCUCCCCGACUCUCUCCCUCGGUCGGCCCCCAAAAUGGCCAAUCCCCUCUCGCUCUUCCUCUUCCUCUUCCUCAACGUCGCCGCCGCCCCCCGCGGAGGCGCCGACGGGCCGGACCCCUGCGCGGGCCGCCGGAUCCACAUCCGCCGCGUGCCCCCUCGCUUCAACGCCGACCUCCUCCGCCACUGCGGCGCCGACGCCUUCCCGCUCGCCGACGCGUCCGCGGCGGCCACCUCGGCCCCGCCCUGCGAGUCGCUCGCCAACCACGGCCUCGGCCCGCGCACGCACCCGCGCAGCCGCUCCUGGUACCGCACCGACGCGCGGCUGCUGGAGCCCUUCUUCCACCGCCGCGUCCUGGAGCGGGGCUGCCUCGCCGACGACCCGGCCCGCGCCGACGCCGUGUUCGUGCCCUACUACGCGGCGCUCGACGCGCUGCCGUACGUUCUCGACCCGGUGCUCCUCGACGCCUCGGCCCGGCACGGCGCGGAGCUCGCCGAGUUCCUCGCGCGGGACCAGCCUCGGAUCCUGGCGCGCCGCCGGGGGCACGACCAUUUCCUGGUGGUGUCGGGAUCCGCGUGGGACUACGCGCAGCCGCCGGGCGCGGAGCCGAGGAUGUGGGGCACGACGUCGCUGCUGCGGCUGCCGGAGCUGGCCAACUUCACGUUCCUGACGCUGGAGUCCCGCAUCUGGCCGUGGCAGGAGCACGCCAUCCCGCACCUCACGUCGUUCCACCCGGCGUCGCUCCCGCACCUGCGCGCCUGGUUCGCCCGCGCGCGCCGGUCCCGCCGCAGCACGCUGAUGCUCUUCGCGGGCGGCGUGUCGCGCCCAUCCCGGCCCAACAUCCGGGGCUCCAUCCUCGCCGAGUGCGCGAACCGCACCGACGCGUGCGCCGUCGUCGACUGCUCCGGCGGCAAGUGCUCGCACGACCCCGGCCGGUACAUGCGCGCCAUGCUCAAGGCCAAAUUCUGCCUGGAGCCGCCGGGGGACACGCCGACGCGGCGUUCCACGUUCGACGCCAUCCUCGCCGGCUGCGUGCCCGUGUUCUUCGAGGACCUCGCGGCGCGGAGCCAGUACGGGUGGCACCUGCCCCCCGCGCGGUACGACGAGUUCUCCGUGCACAUACCCAAGGAGACCGUGGUGUUCGGCGGCGUCAGCGUCGCCGAGACGCUCGAGGCCGUGCCGGAGGCCGAGGUGCGGAGGAUGCGGAAGCGCGUGCUGGAGAUGGCGCCGAGGGUGGUGUACCGGCGGCACGGCAGCACGGACGAGUUGAGGGGGGCAGUGAAGGACGCUGUCGACCUCGCCGUGGAUGGUGUCCUGCGGAGGAUUCGGAGGCGGACGCGCGCGCAGGAGGAGGUUCGGCUGGAGAGGAUUUACGCGAUGGAGGACGACAGCGUCGAGACGUAGGAUCAGAGAGAUUCAGGGUAACCGGGAACAUCAUCUUCGGUUCCGUCAGGACAUUUUGGUGCUGUGCAAGUGCAGCAACUGAUUCGUUCAUGUUUCAAAUUUUUGAGGGUGGAAGAGUGUGUGUGUACAUUUGCUGUUGGAGUAAGGAGU